GGAGGGGGACGCGGCGGGGAGCGCUCCCGGCUCGGCGCUGGCUGCGCCGCACUCUGAGCGCGCCGCCGCGGGAGGAGCCCGGGACUCGGGCCGCGGCUGCCCCGGGAAUGCUUUCAGUCGGCCCCAACAUGGCUGCGGCCCUGCGCGCCGCAGGCGCCCUGCCCCACGAUUGGCUGGUGUACGGCCGCGUGAGGGCCUGCCAGCCAUGGAGGUGCAGGUCGGGUGCAGCAGCCGCCACUGCCGCCACAGGAGCAGCCCAGCAUGCCAAGAGCACACAACCUCAAGUUCAGCCGGAGAAGAGGAAGCCAAAAACAGGAAUACUAAUGCUAAACAUGGGAGGCCCUGAAACCCUUGGAGAAGUUCACGACUUCCUUCUGAGGCUCUUCUUGGACCGAGACCUCAUGACGCUUCCUAUUCAAAAUAAGCUGGCACCAUUCAUCGCCAAACGCCGAGCCCCCAAAAUUCAAGAGCAGUACCGCAGGAUUGGAGGCGGAUCCCCCAUCAAGAUGUGGACUUCCAAGCAGGGGGAAGGCAUGGUGAAGCUGCUGGAUGAGUUGUCCCCUGCCACAGCCCCUCACAAAUACUAUAUUGGAUUUCGGUACGUCCAUCCGUUAACAGAAGAAGCAAUUGAGGAGAUGGAGAGAGACGGCCUGGAAAGGGCUAUCGCCUUCACGCAGUAUCCGCAGUACAGCUGCUCUACCACAGGCAGCAGCUUAAAUGCCAUUUACAGAUACUAUAAUGGAGUGGGACGGAAGCCCACAAUGAAGUGGAGUACCAUUGACAGGUGGCCCACACAUCGCCUCCUCAUCCAGUGCUUUGCAGACCACAUUCUAAAAGAACUGGACCAUUUUCCACUUGAGAAGAGAAGCGAGGUGGUCAUUCUGUUUUCCGCUCACUCACUGCCAAUGUCUGUGGUCAACAGAGGAGACCCCUAUCCUCAGGAAGUAGGCGCCACCGUCCAGAAAGUCAUGGAAAGGCUGGGUCACUGCAACCCCUACCGGCUGGUUUGGCAAUCCAAGGUGGGUCCGAUGCCCUGGUUGGGUCCUCAAACAGACGAAUCUAUCAAAGGGCUUUGUGAGAGAGGGAGGAAGAAUAUCCUUUUGGUUCCCAUAGCGUUCACCAGCGAUCACAUCGAAACGCUGUACGAACUGGAUAUCGAGUACUCGCAAGUGUUAGCCAGUGAGUGUGGAGUUGAAAACAUCAGAAGAGCAGAGUCUCUUAAUGGAAAUCCAUUGUUCUCUAAGGCCCUGGCCGAUCUGGUGCACUCGCACAUCCAGUCCAACGAGCUGUGCUCCAAGCAGUUGACGCUGAGUUGUCCGCUCUGUGUAAAUCCUGUCUGCAGGGAGACUAAAUCCUUCUUCACCAACCAGCAGCUGUGACCCCUGCCCGAGGACCUCGUGGGAUUAGGCAAAUUUGCCGACCUCCAGAUACCUCCGAUGUGGAAGAGGACGUUAUUUAGAGAUCAGCAACAGAAGUCACAUUAGUAUACGCACAGCCUUUGGGCGCAAAUUGUGUGAUUUCUUGAGGAUUGGACUCCAAAAUCCUUAUUGAGAGAUUUCUGUUUUCGUAUAACUAUACAGUAACCAUUUGUAUUCCCCCUCUCUGGGUGAAGUUACUAGUUUGUAAUGUCCACUAGGACAUUGAAAAGUGAGUUUUAAAAUUUAUCUUAUGAGACAGACCUCUAUUUUAAAUACAGAGUUUGGUUUUAUUGCCCCAAGCCCCCCGGAGAGGGUACAGAGGGUCCUCUCCGUGGGCUGUCAGUGUGAAUGAGAUCUGUUUACAGUCUUGCGUGUGGAGUUGUAGUUUUUAAAAUGAGCAUAGUUGAGUAUUUGAAUGAAUUUGAAAAAGAAAUGUUACCUGAUCUUUCCCUAGGCCCGUGGGUGGGGUGUUUGGUUACACACAGCGGCUGCUUUUGCCUGGGAGGCCCCCAUUCAUUGGUCAUUUUUGUAUUUGUGUGUGAGUCUCACUUUCCUCGCCGUGAAACUGAAUCGAGCACAGAUUUGAGCAGUGUUCUGAGAUUCCCCAGGCAUGCAAGGCUGAUAAACGCCUAGAAAUCCAGCGUUCACCAGACACGCCUUGGUGAGUGUCCCUGGUGCCUCAGGGAAGGGGCCCUGCCGCUUCCGGUCUGCAAGGACAGUGCUGCUGGGAGCCACCAAGGGUGGGCUUCUCCCCCUUAUAUCUCCUCCCCCGCCCUCGGGAGCCUUUCCUUCCAGAGUCUUCUGUAUCUUAGUUGAAUGUCUCCUUUCUGCACAUUUAUCUUAAGAAUUAUUUUAUAAGGACAGCUCUGCUUUGUAACUCUGAACUUUUUAUUAAUUUAUAAUUUUUUACUAUAAAAAUUAUAUAGCCAUACAAUAGGACAUUUGAAAAAUACAGAAAAGAAAACCACUCUAAUGCAAUAACUAUUAUUAAUUAUGCUAUUUCAUGCCAAUCUUUUCCUGUGGAUAUUUUUAAUGCCACUGUGACCUUGAAUUGGGGAGUGGAAAAGUUGUUCUAAAAAUGUAGAAAUAGUGUCAGAUCAGAAUCUGAUCUUCUAUAUUUGGAUUUACAUGGAUUAAAAGAUCUCCGAUGGAUCCAUGAAGAAUUUGUAAUGAUCACUUUCUCUUUUCUCCAAGCCCUAAAACUUCGUUCUUCAAAAGAGCAUUUCUUUGAUUUUUUUUUCAAAGCGAGUUUAUAAACUGGAAGUAUUAGGGGAUUCAUAGACCUUCUAUAUUCAGAAUUUGCUAUGUUAAUAAAUAUUAGGACAUCAUUAAGGUUGUAACCAGUGUGAUUCAUGCUGUCUGCUAAAUCAAAAUUGACCAAAAUUAGUUAACCAAAAUUAUUAAGCAUGAUGAGUUGACUUUGUAAUACAGGAAAAGAAACAUGCCAUCCAUCCACUUUAGUUAAUAGUUUUCUUACAGUGAUAAUGGCCCUCUAAUUUGAGUAGCAUCUACAAUUUUUAAAUUUGAAAUUGGCUUUUCUUUUAGUAGGUUAUGUUUCUAGAGAAAGAUAGAAGGCAUAGGUAGUUGUUUAGAAUUUUCUUCUGUACUUUUCUGUCACCUUUUGGGGGCUUAGGUUCCAAGUAGACUUUGAGUGACUGUCCCACAGUGAAGUGGAUUCUCCAGGUUCGUGGUGUGGCACUGAAGACAGGUUAUUUUUGGAGCCAUUCUCCCUCCUUAAAGGAAACUUGCUUAGGGUCUGCUUCCCUUCUUCAACAGCUUUAGAGGUGCAAAUAUAUUAUUAUGGAGAUGUUGCAGAAAAACUCCGAUUCAGGAGCCCUUGCAAGUGUAUCUGAAGUCUCUUAUUCACUAAGGAAACUUCCGAAUCAACAGUGACUAGGCUGUCUGGAAUUGUAUCCUUGAUACUGAGUUGGGACCAGACCAGCCUUUGCAGUGAGAGACAAAGGGAGAUUUAUUGGGAUCACUGCCCAUGGCAUUUGUUGCUCUAAGAAGUGUUACCUUUGACUGUUGUUAACCGUAGAUGGGUAAGGGUCACACACUAGGGUAGCAUUUUGUAGGACAAAAUCUUUUUAGAGCUUUGAGAGUUGCUGUCCUGUUUGUCAACUUUGAAGUAUAAAUGUUGCCCAGGUAAUUAUUAAUAGCGAUGAACUGUAGGCAGUUUCUUCAAACAGCGCUUAUGCACAGGCCUGGCUUUUUGUUGGUGAAUCAACGUCUACAGAAACUGGCAGGGGCAGUAUUAAUGGGGCAGUUUAGCUUGCCAGGGUGAUUGUAAGGCCCAGGUGCCCGUACGUAUAGUGUUCUGAAGAAUAUACAUUUGUGAACUGCUUUUUUAAAUUAAAAGAAAUCUUUGCACUUAAAAUUUGCUUUAUAUCAGGAGAAGCAAAGUCAUUGUUAAAAGGCCUUUAAAUGUGUGUCAGUGACAUGCUGGUGCCGACUAAAUAGUAAAAAUCCAUGACUUUUCCUGAUAAUACCUCAGAGUAGACAUCCUUGCUCAGAUAAUCCCAUGAACAGAAUGUUAACAAUUCUCUAGGAUUCUGUUAAGUUUUUCUUUAUAGCUGAAAUUAUUUAGACAGUGAUGAUUGUGUAGAUAUGAAGAGAAAAUGGAAUUUUCUGAAGAGAAAGUGGAGUUUUCUGCUCCAAGUUGCUCAAACUAAGCCUGUCAGAGGGAACAUUAUAUCAGCAAUACUAAAGUAAUAUUAGGUCAUUCAUGUUUUCAGCUGAUCUUAAAAAUAGAUUUUCCUUUUUUCUUCUUCAUUUCUUUUUGGGGAAAAUACACUGAUUUAGUGGAAUAGGUCACUUGAAAUCACUGCAUUUUUUCCCUCAGCUAAUCUGUUCUCAUAAAUUGGGUAUUUAAUUAAAAAAACCCCUCUUAUUUAAGGUAUGUAAAAGAGAUACUUUGCUCAAUCUGAUACUGUUGCGUUUAUCCAAAGUAUGUUAUUACACCCCAGGGGUGAGAGGAUCAGGCUGCAGCCACACCUAGAGUAGGGCCAGCAGCAAGACCCACCCCUGCCCAGAGUCUAGAUGACCAGGGGGCAUCUGCAUUCCCAGGGGCUCUGUUGGGUUAGCGACUCCAUUCUGGGGGUGGGUUUUUUUUUUUUUUUUUGCCAGAUUUCCUCCAGCUCUCCGUUUGUGUGGUAUGGAUAGUAUCUGAUCUGUGCCUUAAAAGUUGUACUGCUUUUCCAAUGCACUUAUUUUGCAAGGUAUAAAGUGUGCGGAGCUAUAUAGCACCAAGCCAAGUGGGGAGUACCUGCAGGUGCUCAAGAGAAAUAAAUUAAUGCUGCCGAUGUUUGUUGAAAGGCACUAAUAUGAUGACCAAUAGCAGGUGGUGUCCUUAAGCCGGACCACCGCUCCCUGCAUGUGCUGAGUGUUAUAAAAGAGGCUCUGGGAAGUGUCUGCCUCUAGGGAGCACAUUCAUAAUAUUCUAGGGUCCCAGGAGAGGAAGAAAUGCUUUUGCUUUUGAUGUGGGAAUCUUAUUAAGCCUA